CACAAACAUGAGCUAGUUCUGAGUCAUUAAAUCGACAUGCAGAAAUUUCCUUCAUUAUGUGAUAUAUAGGAGAAGACAAUAAAGAAAUGGAAACUUGAGCCAGAUAAUGUAGAUAACAAGGAAGUUAACACGAAUGAUUGGAGACAAUCACACCACAGUGACCAAGUUCAUUCUCGUUGGAUUAACAGAUCGUCUGGAGCUGCAGGCCCCGCUCUUCGUCACGUUUUUUCUCAUCUAUCUCAUCACCCUGAUGGGGAAUAUAGGGAUGAUCUUGGUAAUUCAGAUCGACCCCCAACUCCACACGCCCAUGUACUUCUUCCUCUGCAACUUGUCUUUCUUAGAUGUCUGCUAUUCCUCCACCAUUGCUCCCAAUAUGUUGGCCAAUUUCUUAGUGGAGAGCAAAGCCAUUUCUUAUAGCGGGUGCAUUAUGCAAUAUGGCUUCUUUGUUGUGUUUGUCACCACUGAGAUCUUCCUCCUGGCUGUGAUGGCGUAUGACCGUUAUGUGGCCUUCUGUAACCCACUGCUCUACAUGGUCACCAUGACCAAGAGGGUCUGCAUAACGCUGGUGGUUGGGUCGUAUUUCUCGGGCUUGAUUAACUCUUUGAUAAACACAAGCAGUUUGCAGAGAUUAUCCUUUUGUGAUUCCAACAUCAUCAAUAACUUUUACUGCGAUCUCACCUCUCUCCUGAAACUCUCCUGCAGUGAUGUCUCUGUCAACGAGAGGCUACUCUUUACCUGUGGCAGUUUGUUUGAAAUGAGCACAUUUCUGAUCAUCAUCAUCUCGUACAUUCUUAUUGUAAUUGCAGUGCUGAGGAUCCGUUCUGUCCAGGGCAGGCAUAAAGCAUUUGCCACCUGCGCCUCCCACCUGACAGCUGUGACUAUAUUCCAUGGAACCAUUUUUUUCAUGUAUUUGCGACCCAGCGCCAGCUACUCACUGGAUACAGAUCAAAUAGCCUCUGUGUUCUAUACGAUAGUGAUCCCCAUGUUGAACCCCCUGAUCUACAGCCUGAGGAACAGGGAUGUGAAAUGUGCUGUAAGGAAAAUGCUAGGUAGAAAAGUGAUUAUUACUCAGUGA